UUGCUUCAGAUAACCGAAUUAGCAGCAAAUGCAAGGCAGGGUGCAUCACGCGCCCAGUAUCUCCUUUGGGAUGUUAUUGAAUGGGCAUCUGUGAAGACGCCAAUGUUCACCAUGGUUGCUACAUCAUUUGUGUUCAGUUUUUCACGUGUUUAUUCCGAUUUUCCGUUCCGGUGCCUGGUUUAUUUUGGACAUCCGAUAUUAUUCUUCCUGUAUAUAUUCUACAAUCAUGUAUCAUAUAAAAUUCGAUGCUAUAUCGGCAAGGUGUGGUUUGUCCUCAAAGGAGGCUCAUUUUCGGAACUGCUAAAGCCAACACCGGUGUAUCGCGGUAGCCCGGCCACUCUCAUUGACGUUGAUAAUGUUGUACACAUGUGCAGUACUAAUCCUUGUAUGUUCUUCUUUUAUACUUUGUAG